CGGGAUUGGUCGUACGCCGCCUCUGCGCUCAGCUUUCCUUCCCUUUCCCACCUAGCCACGGGCUGUCGUGGAGUUGGGAAAGAGGAAGAGAAGGAGGAGGCGAAAAAAUUGCUGGGGCCCCCACCGGCACUUUGAGCGACAGAGGCUGACCGGAAGGGGUGGUGGAGGGAGAGGAGGAGGAGAGUAAGUUGCCCCGCAGGAACAGCGCGCUUUCGGGAAGACUUCGGGAAAAUUGUUAUGUUAGUAUUCACGAGGACCUGUAAUGCCAUUUGAGUUCGUUCAUAAUGAAGAAUCAGAUGGAGAAACUGAGGCCCAGAGGAAGUGAAAUGACUUGCCCAAGGUCACACAGUUGUAAAUGACAAAGCCCAGAUUUGAUUCUUUCUCUCUUUGUGCUGUACCACACUACUACAGUAAAAAUAUCAUCUAAUGAAAAAUCUAUGCAGAAGAAAUAGAAAUGGCAGGCUUCCUAGAUAAUUUUCGGUGGCCAGAAUGUGAAUGCAUUGAUUGGAGUGAGAGAAGAAAUGCAGUUGCAUCUGUCGUAGCAGGUGUAUUGUUUUUUACAGGUUGGUGGAUAAUGAUUGAUGCAGCAGUGGUAUAUCCCAAACCAGAACAAAUGAACCAUGCAUUUCAUACAUGUGGAGUGUUUUCCACAUUAGCUUUCUUCAUGAUAAAUGCUGUGUCAAAUGCACAAGUGAGAGGUGAUAGCUAUGAAAGUGGCUGUUUAGGAAGAACAGGUGCUCGUGUUUGGCUUUUCAUUGGUUUCAUGUUGAUGUUUGGUUCGCUUAUUGCUUCAAUGUGGAUUCUUUUUGGUGCAUAUGUUACUCAAAAUACUAAUGUUUAUCCAGGACUAGCUGUAUUUUUUCAAAAUGCACUUAUAUUUUUUAGUACACUCAUCUACAAAUUCGGACGAACAGAAGAGUUAUGGGGAUAAAUCACUACUUGCAUUAAAAGUAAUUUUGUUAUAUUCUUUAUGUAUAAACAUUUUCUCUCCCAGUUUGAUUCACAUUUUGCUAGUGGAUUGUACAUUAAAUGUUAGAUUAUUUUCCUUUUAUGCCAAUUUUAAAAACUUUGAUGUAGUUUCUAUCCUUUAUUUCAUUGAAUAGAUUGUGAAUAUGUACAUAUAUGGAUGUAUAUAUUAUAGAUGGUGAAAAAUAUCCAUUUUUUUAUUCUUGUACACUUAAAACUUGAUCUGUGCUCUCUGAACAAGGUUGCAUCAUGUCACUUUAGAGCUUAUUGGCUAUGGUUGUGUAUGCUGUUUCUAACUACUGAAGAUGUGCAAAAAUAAAUCAGUGAAUAUCUGAAAUCAGCACUGAGCCAUUAGGUAGUAAGGGCAUUUCGAUAAGUUGUAUUUGUUUUGGCAGAGAAAAGGAGCAUGUUUUGUUUUGUUUUUUUCUUUUUAAUGCUUGCUUGCAGGUGUUUAAGUGAAACUUUAUAUGAACACUUUUUUAAUACUCAAAGGAAUAAUUUGGAAAUAACUUUUGAAGAAAAAAAAUGUUUCGAAUUGCAAGGCUCUGAAAUGGGAUAAUGUAGCAUAAA